AUUUUUUUCCUUUUGAGCUGGGCGUAAGCAGAAAAGCCAAAAAAAAAAAAAAAAAGAGAAAAAAGUGUGUUGACCUUGGUCUGAUCGAGUUUCUUCAUCUCUCUUUUCGUUCUUCUUUCUCCCGUCGACAAAAGGCAACCCUCCUCACCUCUCUCUCGUUCGCACUUAAUAUCCUCCAUGACUUGCGCCUUCCUCUCGUCCUCAUCGCUCUGCUCCACCCUCUCUUGCCUUCACUCGUUUCUCCACUCGCAAUCCUAUUCAGAUUCAAAGUGAACAACAGCAUUCUUCCUGUCUUUUGUUGACACCUCCCAUUGCUCCUGAAUCUCGUCUUCCCGCGUGUCGGAUCGCAUUCAACUCUCACAGGAUACUCGCACCACCACUAUGGCAGAUCCAGUCAUCUCUGUACGAGCCUACAACAGCGGCUCAGAGGGAUCGGAUCAUCCUCAUGACGAAGAACAUGAGCGAAACUACUCUCCAUUCUCUGAGUACGUUGAUCAUUCUAAACACGAUCCUGAAAAGGUCGUCGAAGUGAGUCCGAACGGGAGAUACGCCAAGCUCAACAGCGUCCUGGGUAAGGGGGCCUAUAAGAUUGUGUACAAGGGCAUCGACCACGAGGAGGGCUAUGAAGUUGCUUGGAACUGUUUCCAGACCACAAGGCAGGAAUAUGCAGAACUCUCGCAGGAGGUCGAGAUCCUGAAGCGUGUCCGCCACCCCAACAUCAUCAAUUUUCACGACUGUUGGUACAGCAAUACCGAGUUCAUCUUCAUCACCGAGCUCAUGACAUCUGGCACUCUCAGAGAAUAUAUCCGCAAGCUGCAACAUCCAAAUGUCAAAGUCGUCAAGCGAUGGUGUAGGCAAAUUCUCAAAGGCCUCAUCUACCUCCACUCAUACGACCCUCCAAUCAUCCACCGCGACAUCAAAUGCGAUAACAUCUUCAUCAACGGGGCGCACGGUGAAGUCAAGAUUGGAGAUAUGGGAACGGCAAAGAUGACGAUUGGCAAGAAGUACACAGUCAUUGGCACUCCUGAGUUUAUGGCCCCAGAAAUGUACGAGGAAAAAGGGUAUAGCGAAAAGGUCGACAUCUACGCCUUUGGAAUGUGCUUAUUGGAGAUGGUCACGGGCGAAUAUCCCUACAGCGAAUGCAAGAACGCUGCCCAAAUUUACAAGAAAGUGUCGCAGGGACAUAAACCAGACUGUCUUGCCAAGGUAACCGAUCAAGAGGUCCUUAGCUUGAUCAACCACUGCAUUGCUCCUGAGCAUGAAAGAUACUCGGCACAAGAGGCAAUCGAGGACUCGUUCCUGGCAUUAGAACCAGAGGUCGUAGUACGGGCGGCGAACGAGGCCCUGGACCACUUGACGCUACAGGUUGUGUUCAAGGGCAUGGACAGGUUGUCGGUUAAGUUCGAGUUCAAUACCAACACUGACACAGCCGAGGAGGUGGUCAACGAGAUGAUUGAAGAACAGGUGCUUCCGCAGAAGUACAAGAGAUUCAUCACCCACGACAUCAACCGGAUAUUACGCGAGUUGGCAGGAACCAGCGACAAGAAGGAUAUUGCUGGAAGCCAUCCUCCGUCAUCACCCAUGAUGCAAAACAACCAUCCCUAUGGCGCCGUAUCUCCCAUGGCCUUGGAUGUGUCCAGCCCAAUGACACAAACUGCAAGCACGACAAAUCUGACCCGCAGGAAUUCGAAUCCGGAUUACGCCGGCGAUGUUGAGCUUCCUUUCAAAGAAUAUACACCUAAUACGCCGAUCGAGGAGCUAGUCAGCGACACUGCGAUGGCGUACCAUCGUGGGCCUGACAAAGUCGAGGAAUGGCUGCUGAAGCUGAAGGACCAGGACAUCAUGACAGUCGGAGAUCUCAAGGACCUUCAGGAUUCAGAUUGGGCAGGCUUUGGCUUGACAGUCUUUGCAUCAAGAGCGCUCAGGAACCGACUCUUUGGCAAGAACAUCAAACGACCUAGUCCUAUGACAAGAUCUCCCAGCGGAACGGAUGAUGGCAACUAAGAGAAUACUAGCCUACUUAGUAGUCGGUUCAUGUACAUAAGGCCGUUCACUCAUCACUUCUCAACGUCUUUUCGUCGUAAUAUGCAUAUUUCAUUGGUCCUUGCUGCUCGUCCUUUUUUUCUUCUUUUUUUGCUUCACCAGAACGAGAUGUAUAAUCAUCAUGAGUCCUUUUGAAGUGGCAGAAGAAGGCGUCUUAUCCAUCUCUACUCUACCUGCACUUACAACUUCUAGACCUUUUUUUUUUUUCUUUUUCUUUUUCUUUUUCUUUUU